AGCUGCGGAGGACUCCCGGAAGCUGAUGGCGGCCAGGACCGCACGGACAGCUGGACGAAGGCGAGAGUGACCAUGACGAAACUAGCUCAAUGGCUUUGGGCAUUGGCGCUCCUGGGCUCGGCUUGGGCCGCCCUGACCAUGGGAGCUCUGGGCCUGGACCUGCCCUCGCCCUGCCGGGAAGUCCUGUGGCCAUUGCCCGCCUACUUGCUGGUGUCCGCAGGCUGCUAUGCUCUGGGCACUGUGGGGUAUCGCGUGGCCACUUUUCAUGACUGCGAGGAUGCCGCCCGUGAGCUGCAGAGCCAGAUUCAGGAGGCCCGAGCUGAUUUAGCCCGCAGGGGGCUACGCUUCUGACACUCUAAACCCAUUCCCGCCUGGACAACCCUCCCUCACAUUCCCCAUUAAAGAGCAAAUUUAUUUUUUAA